CUUCCCUCUCCACACCCUUAUUCUCAACUUCUAUCAGUACGAUAACAUCACAAUGGGCAAACUACAGCCGCAUUGCGACCCCAACGAUUUACCCCCUCCGUACGAACAGGUCGUUUCGGAACCCUCUUUAGACAACGUCGACAACGACUCUCUUCCUCCUCUGGCUGGACCUUCCACAGCGACACCCCCCAUCGCUGACAACCAAGCGCAAGACAAUGACAGAUCUGAAAUUACCGAGCGACCGUCCACGACUAUGUCGCCCUUCUUGAGCGAAGAUCCCACCGCACUUCACAGUUUUAUUAGCCAUGAGGCUCGCAUUCCCCCGCAACCGUGUCUGAGUGUUCGCGGGGCACACCAAGAGACUCACCCCGACCGAAAUGAUCGCAAGGAAAACCGCACAGAGUCAGUGGUCGAUUUUGACUUCCGGGUCAAUAUGGCAAACUAUGUGGUGGGCGACCCUGAUUGCGACGCGGGCUGGUAUCAGUUGCGCGUAGCGCGGGACGGCGACGGGCAGAAGUUAUAUCGGGGUGGGCGAUGUCGGUCGCGUAUGUGGAAGCGACACGCCAGGGGGAGGGGCGUCAGGCUGCCAAGCAUAGAAGACGGUACUGAGACUGAAAAUGUCGGGUUGGUCGAGGAUGAUGCAGGACCGGAUCUCAUGGGCUGGUGUGAGCGGUUCUGCCAGGACCCAUCACCCGUCAAAUCCUUCACGUUCACCCGUCACAUUGAGAACUUCAACUCAUCCAUCAUCCAUUCUACCUUGACUUCCCAUCUACGGUCCCUCAACUACCAAGGCAAUAUCGACAUCUCCACGUCCUUCUCCAACCGGUCAUUUACGGUCUAUUCGCCCCAUUGGAUCAACCGUGCCCGCAACAAUAACUUUGUGUACUUUACCUGUCUUAUUCUUCAACUGUGGCUAAUCACCUGGCCGAUUAUCUGGCUCCUGGAACGUCGGUAUGCCGUUGUUGGGUCCGUGUGGUUGUUUUCCCGGGAAGUAGGAACCCAGCACGUCUACGCACGGAGUCGAGACGAAGCCAGUAUCGCGGAGGAUUUGGCCCCGGUGGUUACCCAAGCUGCAUGGGAACGAAGGUUGGACGGCAAAGUCCUCACUCAGCAGGACAUGCGACUUCUUCGGCGGCUUGAGCGUGAGGGUCAACAGCGUGGCGGACGCAUUCUGGUAGUGAACUGGGAUCGGAUCAGCGGAUGGGGUCGUGAUCAGUAUACUUGAAUCCAGACUCUCUCUCCUCGGCCCUAUGGACCCUGGACGAAAGUGGUAUAAUGGGUAUAACGUGUUAUUACGCUCACAUAACCGUGCUUUGAACACGUUUCAAGAUAGCAUUCGAGCAUUUGAUCUGUUGACGUCAUCCUGACCUACAUGGCACAUAACUGGAGGGUAAAUAAAAAUCGCUAAAGGGACUUUAUCGCAUGCUGAUUGAUCUCGCACUUCUCAUGGGUCAGCGAUAUCUGGUGUAUGUCAAGUCACCGGCAUUGUCCCAUACCGGCCCGCUAUCAAAUCCGUUGUCGACGCGACCUCUUAACAUUGGAUAAUGCUGGGUACGAUUACAGAACCGGCGACUAAUGCAGGCUGACCCCUAAGCGAGAUGUCCGUGGGUCUCUCCAGAUAUGCUUCAUUUUGGUGCACACACUCUGACGGUUGCAUGAUAACCAUGCCUCCAGCGUCCGGACCGGUGUCCGGACCGGUGAAUUAAGAUUUAACUAUCCGGGGCAAUGACUUAGUGCGCAGAGUGGCGUGGAUAAGGGAUUAUCAUGCAGGUGGUAAGGCUAAAAGGGGCUGUAGGCUCUACUAUUAGUGGUUUCGUUGACAUCGCUGGGUUCCCUGGUAUCUUAUCGUCUUUCUCACUUCGAUAUGAUAUUUUCAGUUGGCAUGAAUGAG